AUGAUCAAGCCCGACAUUACACAGCAUGCACGCACCAGCGCAAAUCUGGCGGCUGCUGGCGGCAAGACGAUCCCCGAGUAUCUGGAAGGCGCUUUCCCGCACAAACACACCUCAGAUGCUGUGGCCGUCGCUUCGAUCCCCGCCUCCGCUUGCGUCCCGGACCCUGUUGAUGGAGCUACUGCAGCUGCUCCGGAGAAGCUGAAGACCUUUGACGAGGAGGUGCUCGGAUACCCGCUUGAAGGUCCACCCGAGGUGCCGUUCUACAUCAAAUUUAAAGGCAAGGGCAAAGGUCGUCCGGUGAUGUACGACUUUGACAGGUCGAGUGUGGCUCAGGUCUACGAAUACGCAGUCCAGAUGAGCGUCCCAGAACCGGUCUUCAGUCACAUCACUAGCGGAGCAGCUCACAUGCGCUCCUUCGAAGUGACCGUGAGUUUCCAUGGUCUACGCGGUACCCACACGGCGGGCAGCAUCAAGAAAGCUAAAGAAUUGGCUUGCGCUUCGCUCAUUGAAGCAAUGCUCGCUCGCAAUCGAGACGAGUCCAAGCUCAGCGCUUAG